GUUACAUACACUGGAUCUUCAAGUUUGUAUUUUGAGUUUGGGUCUCAGUCAAGUCUCAGUUCGAAGGAACAGAUAUAUGAGUUGUGUGCAGACCCGCCUAGACCCGAGCCUCUAAUUAGUAUCUGCAGCGGCAAACAAAGUUACCAAACCCCGGCCAUGAUGCUAAUUUAUACAUAUAUUGGUUCGCGUGUUCACAAGCAACAUCGUGACAACUGGUUCGAUGGUUCGCAGGACGAUCCUCUUUCGUUGUCUCCUCAUUACUUGUGCUGCUGCACUGUUCUGUGCCUAUCUGCUCUCGCGUCGACGCACUCAUGUGCAGCUGGCUAACUUAGAUCAGACUCCAUGGGAGGGCCUCGCUAGCCCUAGUCGUCCCCUUGCGGCGAGCUACUUGAUUGGAGCAAAUAGGUCUUCAAAUGUUCAAAGAGUUAGCUCAGUUUCAGUGUCUCAAUCCAAUCCUGACGUGACGGCAGUCAUCUUGAACUGGUCACGGCUCCCCAAUGUUGUCCGGAUCGUCAGUCUUCUUUGCGAUCCAUGGCUGGAGGAUGUCAUAGCGGAGAUUACCUUCGCGAAGACGGGUUGCCCUUCUGAAAAGUUGAAGAUAUACAACUCGCCUCAUAACGCCUACUUUCAAGCUCGGUACAUUGCGUGCGAACAGGCUACCACUCGUUUCUGUUUCUUGCAGGAUGAUGACUACCUUGUUAUGCCUGAAAUUAUUCGCACUCUACAUGCUCGGGUUCUAGAAACUCCUGACCACUCAAUACACCUUCUGCCUCCACAUGAGGUUCUAUCUACUCAACUACGUGCAACGGUUACGUCCGACGGCGCGCAUACUUCGUUCGCAUGGCUUGGACAUGGUACAAUUCUGCCUCGGACUGGAGCUGUGGACUUUUUGGCGCUCUUACAUCAUUUGAAUGCAUCCGAGGAUGAGAUGAAGAUGGCAGACAACUACUUUACGAUCCUGAGCAAUCGGAUUCCUGAAGUUUGGUUCGACCAAGGUAUCGAACUAGGAGGUGGUCAACCAUUUACAGCUGGAAUGGAAGGUGAUGAACGUAAUCGAAUUCAUAUUACUAAUGCUUGUCGGUACCUGGACACUUUGUUGAGCGCGUUCAGAGCCUCAGAUAUAUCUCUUGAAUCAAAAUUACCGUUCAUCGAAGUUGAUGCGGUAGCCCCUGCUAGUAAUCAAAUAUCCCAAGCACCGUGCCUUGGCGAUUCUUGUUUACUGCAAACGAAUAUCGCAUCACUACCAUCAAACUUGAAGGCUGGAAGUCACUUGACCGAUGACAUAGUUAGGCAGGAAUUACGAAGCAUCCAGUCCUUGGGCCAGGAUGCCGUGGAGCAUUACUUGCGGUUCCCUCCUUCUCAGGCUGUCGACGGCCGCCCGGACACUGCAUUUCGCAGUCCAUUUCCGGCAAGACGGGGUGACUUCAUAAGCCUGGACAUACUGUCACCCAUAGGCUCAGCAAGCUCCACAUUUGAAGUAACGCUACUGGUCACGAGGGAAACGGUAGACAUUUUGCACAAUGUCCAGUUCGAAUCCUCUUCAGAUGCUGUCAACUGGGUUGUCUCUACGCAUGCAUUGGUAUGUGAAGAAACCGAUUUGACUGGGCUUCGUGGAUUUAGGUCCCGGCCUCGCAAAUUGCAAGAAUGUAGCGUGCAGUCGCAGGAGAUAAACCAUCGGUUCUUCCGAGCAAGUUUACAGGUUGAUAUACCAUCUUCCCCUCACUGGAUGAUCUAUGAAUUUUGGAUACGG